AUGGAAAGUGUCCAGACCAGGAAGGGGCAGUGGAUGCUGCUAGAUUUCCCAGACUCCAAUGGAAUAAACAACCAUCAGCGGCCCACCUUCCUCACAAACAUCUGGGUGAGAAGUGUGGUCAAUGGCAGCAUGGGAGACUUCAAGACAAGGGCUGGAGGAAGGAACAAUACAACAGUCACCAAAUUUAUCCUCUUGGGAUUUUCAGAUUCUCGCAAGCUCAAGAUUGUUCUCUUUUCAGUGUUCUUGAGGACUUACCUCUUGACAGUGGCCUGGAACCUGGGUUUCAUCAUCCUGAUUAGGAUGGACUCCUACAUACAUACACCCAUGUACUUCUUCCUCAGCAGCUUAUCUUUAUCCUUCUUAGAUUUCUGUUAUGUUACUUCUACAACACCCAAAAUGCUCUCAGACUUCUUCCGGAAGCCUGAAUUCAUCUCCUUUAUGGGAUGCACCAUGCAAUACUUCUUUUUCGCUAGCCUGGGUCUGACUGAAUGCUGUCUCCUGGCAGCCAUGGCUUAUGAUCGCUAUGUUGCUGUUUGUAAUCCUCUGCUCUACACAGAUAUCAUGUCCCCCACCCUCUGUGUGCAGGUGGUGGUUGGAGCCUAUAUAGUUGGAUUCUUUGGCUCAUUGAUCCAACUGUGUGCUUUACCUCAGCUCAAUUUCUGUGGACCAAAUGGUAUCAAUCACUUCUGUGACCUGCCUCAAUUAUUAGUCCUCUCCUGCUCUGAAACCUUUUUCCUACAAGUGAUAAAGUUUGUGAUAGGAGUGAUUUUUGGUGUGACAUCCCUCUUAAUCAUCAUCAUAUCUUAGGGUUAUAUCACUGCCACCAUCCUGAAGAUCAGCUCAGUUGAAGGCAGGGCCAAGGCAUUCAACACCUGUGCUUCUCACCUUACAGCAGUGACGUUUUUCUUUGGCUCAGGACUCUUUGUCUGUAUGCACCCCAGCACUGAUAAUUCUCUGGGCUAUGACAAGAUGGCAUCAGUCUUCUAUACAGUGGACCCCAUGUUGAAUCCAUUGAUUUACAGUCUAAGGAACAAGGAAAUCAAAGAUACCCUUAAGUGGUGUAAGAAGAAGAGAAUGUUUUCCCAUUGUCACAGUUAAUUAAAGGUCUGGUAG